AAAUCAGUGUACCACGUAUCGAUUCUGCGUUAUUAUUUGAUCCUCCUAUUGUAGGUGAUUCGAAAUUAAAUUUCGAAAAUGAACCUGAUAGGAAACCAGUAUACGAUCUAGAUGACGAUAUACAAUCGAAACAUAACGUAAAGAAGAUUUAUAAACGUGGUGUGGAAGUGUCAUGUGAACCCAUUACUAUUAUCGAUCAAAACGUUUCAAUUUUGAGUGAAUUAAAAAGAUUUGAUGAAAGUAGAAAUAUCCUUAAAUUUUAUGGACUCUCGAAAGUUGAUGAUGAUGAUGUGUUGGUAUUUGAGUGGGCAAGCUUGGGAAAUUUAAAGUGUGUUUACGAAAAGAAGAAAAUUCCUUGGGAUUUAAAAGUAAAAAUUGCACGAGAUAUUUGUCAAGGCUUAUUAUAUUUAAGUCACGCUGACAUUUUUCAUCGUGAUGUUCGAUGUGAGAAUAUAAUGAUGACUCAUUAUAUGGAACCAAAGAUCACUAAUUUUUAUCUUGCCAAACAUGCGACAGAGAUAGGACAUGAUAAUGAAGAUGGUAAUAUCUCGGAUUAUAUCUUGAGAAUUAUUAAUUGGUAUGCGCCUGAAAUGAUGCAAAAGAAUGCCAUAUAUACACACGAAUGUGAAGUUUUUAGGGUUCCCUAUGAAAAAAUGAGUAAAGAAGAAAUUGUUACUCAUGUUACAAAUGGUCGUAGAGAAUCUCCUGAUCCACCUUUUUAUACAUUGGAAUUUCUUAACAUUCAAAGUAAAUACUUAAGAAUCAUUGCUGAAGGAUGGGUUAAUAAACCAGAAAAAAGAAUUAGAAUGGAUGACAUUCUAUUGAGAUUCUCUGAUAUUGAAGCUGACUUUACUAAACCUAAGAGAAAUAAUUCAGGUUCUGUUCAUUCAUCUGAUCAACUCGACCAACGUUCACAUAUACGUACUAGGGCUGCUUCAGUUCCG